AUGGAUGAAAAAACCGAGUCCCGACGAAGAAGUCGCCUCGAGAAGAUCGAGGCCGCAAAGCAAAAGCGUGGUGAGCCAGCCAUCUACUCAUACACCAACCGCGAAGUCCUCCUCUACAAUAUCAGCCUUGGCUCGACUGUGUCCGAACUCUCCCUGGUUUACGAGGGCCAUCCGAAGUUUCAUGUGCUUCCGACUUUCGGAGUGGUAGUGGCAGCGGCCGCCAAGUUGCCAUUCAGAGCGGAGGAGUUUCUCCCUAAUUUCAAUCCGCACAAGGUCUUGGCCGGAGAGCACUAUUUGGAAAUCCUACAAUACCCUGUGCCAACUGAAGGUUCUCUCGUGGCGACCAGUCGGCUUGUCGAGGUGCUGGAUAAGGGCAAGGACGCCAUCAUCAGACAUGAAACCCACAUUGUUGACGGCGUGACCGGGAAGCCAGUCUUUUACAGCGAAAAAACGUCCUUCUGCGUUGGCUGUGGCGGCUUCGGCGGACGGCGGAAAUCUGGCGCCCACCGUCCAGCCACCGACAGCAACCUCGUCCCUAGUCGUCAGCCCGACAAAGUGCAGCACGAACAGACGUCGCAAGAACAGUCAAUCCUAUAUCGGCUGUUCGGUGAUCGGAGUCCCCUGCACAUAGACCCUGAGACGGCAAUUGCGUCGGGGUAUCCCGUACCAAUCUUGCACGGCCUCUUGCUGUUUGGCAUCGCCGGCAAGCAUAUAUUGAGAUCGUAUGGCUACUUUCGAGCCAUCAAAGUCCGUUUUUCUGGCCCGGCUCUCCCUGGCGAAACCUUGGUCACAGAGAUGUGGCGACAAGGCAGCAAGGUCCUCUUCCAGGUGCGGGUAAAAGAGACUGGGAAGCUGUGCAUAUCAAACGCAGCCGCAGAGUUGGUGUCACAGGAUUCGUGUAAGAUAGACUCGAGGCUGUGA